AUGAAGCCUUCAAGUAUCUUAUAUCACUGGGCGGUUAUAUCCUUCGCCACUAUUCCAGGCGUUACAGCCGCUAAGCAUAAGGAGUGCUCUUGUGAUGUAUGGGACGGCUAUAAUUGGGUGUACGACUGGGAGCUCACUUUCAACACCUGUGUAAAUAACUAUAGCGGCGAGGCUAAUUACAACCAUGGCUUGGGAAGGUGCAAAUGGUAUUCAGGACUACGGGUUGAAGGAGAUGUCUGGACUCAGUCUUGCUCGGCCCAAGCAAGUCAGGGUUACUACCAUGUCACCAAUGAUGCUCUUGACUAUCAACGAGGGAAGAUUAUAGGAAAGCAAGGUCAUGGGUUCUGUAAAUAAGUCCCUAUAUCGCUUGGUAAAUGCUUAUGCCACCGAGAUAUGUUCAGGCUGUUCGCUGG